AUGGAGCUUGUUAAUGAAUACUUUGGAGAAAUGGACGCAGAAGUGUUUGCUGCAGUUAUUUCAAGAACGAUGAUCGAUGAUAAGUCGUGCAUCUAUGAUGCUCAGAGCAAAUGCAACGGUUUAUGUAGCCAUGUGUGUGAAGAUACAUCAUCUUCUGCAUUUUCAGAUGAUAUUUGCCAUAUCGAGAUGCUUUACAGGCAACAAGUAGCCAUCAACAACAAGAGGAAGGCACUUCUUGAGAAGAAGCUCAAAGACAGGCUCAAAUACUUUGGCUACUGGGAAAUACUCAGAUCAAUUGAUGAGGAGAUAGAAGGCCUGGCUACCAAGAAGAAGCGGAAUAGGAGCAUAGAAGAGCAGAUUGUGGAAGCUCUUGGAAGACGGCAGCAAUUUUUGUCAUUGUUUGCCAGCAUUGGUGCUCUUGAAAACGACUUUGAGGGCUACGAGGCACUGUUUGAUUCGACUGAGGAUGUGGACUGCAGGAAGUAUGGGAUUGAGCGGAUCGAAUAUUUUGGGGGUGGACAAGCAGCCUAG